GAACCACAGAACCCCGACACUCUCUCUCGCUCACAAUCUCUCUUAAGUCUUAACCAAAGACUAAUCAUGAAUGCUUUGAGAAACCUAAGGAAGAACAUGGCGUCACUGUCGCUCUCGUCCAAGCGUGGUACCUCUUCAUCUUCAUCAAGCUCCUCGUCUGCCUUCGACUUGUCACCCAAAGAAAUUGAAAAGUACAGGGGCAUGACGAUAUUUGACAUAUCAUUACGUCUACAGAUAAACGGUCCUUUCCUUGUCGACGCAUACAAACUGGAUAACCAAGCUAACGACAUACUAAUGAAGGCGAGGGAGGCUGAAACAAAAUACAAAGCGUUCAUGAAGUUGGCUGAAGCAAACAAUAAUAAUGAGGAUUACAUUAGGUUGGCAAUCAAUGCAAAGAAUGAAAGUGAUGAUCUUCUUAAAGUCAGGGAGGAGAAGAUGCGAAAGGCUGACGAAAUUAGGAACUUCAAGGCUAGUAUUCCCGGAAGGUCGAGGGCAAUAUUUCGCAUGUUAGGAUCCACAAGCAUUUUGAUAGGAGUAGCAGAAACAGUUCCCGGUAUGGUUAUUGAGCUUUGUCCAAUGUUAAGGUCUACAAAUGUCGGUUUCCAACCAUCUUUCACUGCCCAAUUCAGAAGCACCUUAGCCGAUGUACUCUUCCCAGAGUCUAUAUCCCGUACAAUGACAACCAUCGAACAAAACCAUAAAAGAAAACCGAGAGUUCAAGUUGCUACAAGGCUUCUUGGUUCAUAGAUAAACUCAGUUAAUAUGAACUAGCACAUGUUUUGUCAAGUGAUUCUGAUGAAGUGGUUCAAGCUUCUUCUAUGGCCUUUUACUAUAUCAUUUUGUUGUUGGAUGUUUAAAAAGGUGUCAAAGAUUUGUUGUUCUCUUGGUGAAAAACUUAAUGGAAACAAACCUCUGUGUCCUACCCUGUCAUCUAUCAUAUUCAUGAAAGACAAAAACAUGUGAAAACUUCUACCAGUAUCAAUAAUGUUAAGAUUGAGGC